AUGAACCUGUUCUCCAGGUGUGGAGUCUCCGCCUGUGCAGCUGAACCCGGUCGCCCCGGCUCCCCUGGCUACAUGCUGCCCUGCUGUUGCCAUGGUAACGGCUGCAGGGACGCCGCCGGGCCUCAGGUGUCGGAGGAAGAGGGAUGCAGGAAGAGGAAGAGAUGUGCCCCUCAGGAGGCUGCGGGUUCGACGCCCGCCUCGUCCAGCAGAGCCUCCAAAGCACCCAAACUCUCCACGGGGCCCUUCGCCAAACCUCCCGAUGCUGCGCACGAAAUCCCCUGCUGCCACCUGGGCUUCGACCCCCAGCACUGCCCGGACGGCUGGGCGGAGCCGAGCCCCCCCGGCCCCGCCCCCGCCCGGCGGGCGCUGCGAGGGCAACGCCAGAGGAGGCAGCAGGAGCGAGGAGAGGCCACGGCCGCCUCCGAGCCCGAGGACAGCAGGCGCCGCGGCAGAUGUGAGUUCACUCAGGCCAAAUAUACAGACGGCCUCCCACCUGGUCACCACAGGGGGCGCUGUGUCACCUUCAGCGCCCCCUGUGCUCGCCUGCUGGAGCGGUACGCCAAGGGCCCUCUGCUCGGAAAAGGAGGUUACGGAUCCGUUUACGCAGGGACCCGCAAGUGUGACGGCCUGCCUGUGGCGAUCAAGUACGUGUCCAAGGCCCGCGCCGAGGACGAGCUGGACAUGCCCGGUCAGGACGGCCCGCUGCCGCUGGAGGUCGCUCUGAUGAAGCAGGUGACCGUGGAGCCCCGCUCCCCCCACCUUCUGCAGAUGCUGGAGUGGUUCGACCAGCCGACACGCUACAUCAUGGUGCUGGAGCGCCCCGAGCCGUGCCAGGACCUGGUGACCUUCUGCCAGGACCGGGGGGGCUUCCUGAGCGAGGGCCUGGCCCGCAGCAUCACCACGCAGCUGCUGGGGGCGCUGCUCCACUGCCACGAGCGGGGCGUCCUGCACCGCGACGUCAAACCGGAGAACCUGCUGAUCCAGACCGACUCGCACUGCGUGAAGCUGAUCGACUUCGGCUGCGGCGAUCUGCUGAAGAACACCGUGUACAAGGAGUUCGCAGGCACGCUGGAGUUCACCCCCCCUGAGUGGUUCAGCCGGGGUCAGUACCUGGCCGGUCCCGCCACCGUCUGGUCGGUGGGCGUCACCCUGUUCAGCCUCGUCUGCGGCUUCCCGCCCUUCAACACCAUUCAGGAGAUCAGCCGGGGGCGAGUGGCCUUCCCUAAAGGCAUCUCUGCAGAAUGCCGUCACCUGAUUCGCUGGUGUCUUAGAAGCAGAGAAGAAGACCGGCCGAGCCUGGAGGAGAUCCAGCUCCAUAAAUGGCUGAGUUAAGGCCCCGCCCACCGCGCAGAUAGCCCCGCCCAGU